GUUUGCUCACAUUUUUUGUCAUUUUACCGUUUUUACAAAUUAAUAAUUUUUGUAUAGAAAUUUUCUAGCGUAAUUAGGUGGUGUAAGUAGUAAAACAAGUCGCGAUAUGAAGUAAAGACUGUCAAAGCAGAUAUAAGUGGUUUGGUGGUGUUUAAAUUUUUAUAGGUUUAUUGUUUUCAGGUUUUGUUAAUUAGAAUGUUAAAUUAAGCUCAGAAUUGUGUUAACUGUCCAAUUUGUUAUCGUUAAUUAAUCGUUACCGCUCACCUGUCUCCUUCAUUAAUCUUACCGCAAUGAACAAACUCAGCAGACAUGUUUUGGGGAUGAAGUUUAUGAGGCGAACUCAACAACAGUGUGUCGCAGAAAAAACCGAGUCAACAUUUCGCCAUCAUUUUGGACCUGAAUCAAAAGCAGGAACUUCCAGAUCUAAACUACAAAAUAAGGGGCAUAAACCCUUUGAAAUUCAAGAGAUUGGAAGUUACAGCCAAUGCGAGGGUCAUAUAUUUGGCCGGCAAUCUUACGGUGGGUUUAAUCCUGUUGUUGAAUACAAUGUAAGUAAAGGGAUUUGGAAACCAUUCUCCCUCGAAGAAGAGGACGGGGAUGGGGAUGACAAGUCAGAAGAUAUCAAAACAAAAGUUGAGAGUGAAGAGGACAGCGAAGUGGACGUUCCCGAUAAAGAAAUGGCCAAAACAUUCGGCAGUCUAGUGGGAACAUUGGGUAAAAGAUUUUUGAAGAAGCGGAAGAGGGGUGAACAACAAGUGGACAAAAACAUAAAAGCGGAAUCACAACAUAGCAAAAAGAAUGACAGAUUUGACAAGAAAUCAGGAGGACGAUGGAAUAAACGAAAUGCAAGAGAUGAAGAUAAAACCACCAACAGCAAUUAUAGUCCAAGUUCGAAGAAUGGGGGUGCACCUCCUGCAAAAAAGUUGAAGUUUCAGAAACCGUCGGAUUAAUCGUUGUUCACUGACUUGGUGAUACUCGCACUUUUUACAUGAAACAUUUGAUUUCCAACUAUUUUUUAUUGAAAAAAUAAUAAAUCACCUGCACUUUUACUGCAAGAACAUAAA